ACCGGGCAGCGCAGCUGAGCAGCCAAGCGGUGCCAGGCUAGGUGGGUACGUCCGUGGUCCUUCCGUGCCCGCGCCGGAGACAAGCCCUGGAGGCCGCCCGGGCCCGACCCUGUGUCCGGCACCAUGAAGCAGGAGUCUGCAGCUCAGAACACCCCGCCCGCCUCACCGCCCCCCUCGCAGCACCCCCAGGACGACUGCGACUCCCAAGCGUUGUGGAUUUUCGGGUACGGCUCCCUGGUGUGGAGGCCCGACUUCGCCUACAGCGACAGCCGUGUGGGCUUCGUGCGCGGCUACAGCCGCCGCUUCUGGCAGGGAGACACCUUCCAUCGGGGCAGCGACAAGAUGCCUGGUCGUGUGGUGACCCUCCUUGAAGAUCGUGAGGGCUGCACUUGGGGUGUGGCGUACCAGGUGCAAGGUGAGCAGGUGAAUGAGGCCCUGAAGUACCUGAAUGUGCGGGAGGCAGUGCUUGGCAGCUAUGAUACCAAGGAGGUCACCUUCUACCCUCAAGAUACCCCUGACCAACCACUCAAGGCAUUGGCCUACGUGGCCACCCCGCAGAACCCUGGUUACCUGGGCCCUGCGCCUGAGGAGGCCAUCGCUACGCAGAUCCUGGCCUGCCGAGGCUUCUCUGGCCACAACCUUGAGUACUUGCUGCGCCUGGCAGACUUCAUGCAGCUCUGUGGGCCCCAGGCACAGGAUGAGCACCUAGCAGCCAUCGUGGAUGCUGUAGGCACCAUGCUGCCCUGCUUCUGCCCCACUGAGCAGGCUUUGGCACUGGUCUGAGGGGCUGAGCCCCUACACGGACACAGGGGCCAGGUCCCCACUCCAGUGCACACAGACAGACUUGAUAUAGCUGGAGCCCACUGAGAAGACUUGGUGGGCCAACAGGGGCCUCUCUUAAGCCCCUGCCUGUCCGCCAGCCCCCAGAUCUCCUACCUGACACUGACUUACUACUUGAAACUUUAUUUAUUGCACCAUGUUGGUGUGGUGGGCAGGGUGGGGGGCCUGCCCUAGAUAUAGGGGCCCUGCUGAGCGGUGCCCCACCCCAGGCGCCUGGUGCCUGACCAGAUUCCCCCCAGUGCUGCUGCUAUCCCCAUACUACCCAGGCCUCCACCUCCCCAGGGAGCCUCCAAGAGCCUUGACCCACUGCCCCCCACUCCAGACCAACCAUUCCCUAGCCCCAGAAACAACACCCGCCAAAGGUCCCAGCUUGCUGGUGAGGGUAGGAGGGAGUGAGGAGAGGAGGCCCUACAAGAACUGAGGCCCUUGCCGGCCCUGCUCAUCCCCCAGGUCCCCAGGGCAGAGCUGGAUGUGGAGGCCAGACACAGCUGCUGAGGCUGGGCCUAGGCCUCUUACCCAUUUGGCUUUGUUUCCCUGUCCUUCUGUCUGUCUGUCUGGGCCACUCCUGUCUGUCUGUCGGUCUAUUUGUGGGAAGCUCAUCGGUAUAGGCCCUGGCACCUUCCCAGUCUGUCCCAUACUAUAAUCCAUAAACUGAUCUCAUUAUC